ACUGUUCUAGUGUUCUCUGAACGCGCACAAAAAAAAAAUAAAAAUCCUGAAAACGGCAUUAGAAAAAGCAGAAGCUCCGUGCGUCACUGCACCGCAUAUAAAAUCAAAACCCAUAUUUUUCAUUUUCUCCACUCACUAGAAACAGACUACUCUCUCUCUCUCUCUCUCUCUCUCUCUCUCUCUGUUGGCAUGGCGAUAAACACUGUUACUGUAGUGAAAGCCGCGGUCAACAAUGGAAUUGGCAAUACCGGCUGCGCCAGCGAGGGCAUCGCCGACAGCAACUCUCCUAGCCCUCCGCCGUCGCCCCGCCGUCGCUUCCAGACCGGCAUCUCUCAAUGCCGCCGUCGGCUUCGCUCUAAAGUUCAGUCUCAUUUUCGCCGGGAGAACUUGACUGCUGGGAUCCUUCUCCGGUGGAACAUCCGGUAUUUGCUGGUCUUGCCCUUGCUGUAUAUUUCUGGUUUGAUCAUGUGUGUGGGGCCCUUCUCCGCUUUGCUUCGGCCUACUCUUCCCGGUGCGGUGUAUCGGAGCCAUGAGUUGUUUGCAAAGCUCUGGCCUGAUAUUGCAGCUGAUAAUUCUAGUGCAAUUGAGUUAUCAUCUGUAUGGAAAUUCAAAAGGAGGUUGAAAGUGCAGAAACCAUGUCGCAAUUCAACUGCUAGGCAACAACAUUUUGCUGCAAAUGAAGAGUCAGCUGGCCCUAAUGGUUACUUGAUUAUUGAGGCAAAUGGUGGUCUCAACCAGCAGCGUUCUGCAAUCUGCAAUGCAGUUGCUUUAGCUGGACUUAUGAAUGCAAUACUAGUCAUCCCUCUCUUUGAAUUCAACAGUGUUCGGAGAGAUCCAAGUGAAUUUAGAGACAUAUAUGAUGAGGACCACUUUAUAGCCACCCUUGAGGGUCAUGUGAAAGUGGUUAAAGAGCUACCUGAUGAAGUGAUGGAAAGAUAUGACUACAACAGUAGUAAUAUUCCAAACAUCCGUGUCCAAGCUUGGGCUCCGGCUAAUUAUUACCUGGGUGAAGUUUAUCCUGUCCUUAAGGAGAAAGUGGUUAUCCGCAUUGCUCCCUUUGCCAAUAGAUUGGCAAUCAGUGUCCCACCUCAUAUUCAGUUGCUGAGAUGCAUGGCAAAUUAUAAAGCGCUCAGGUUCUCUUCCCCUAUAUCAACACUUGCACACAAACUAGUAAACAGAAUGAUUGAGAAGAGCUCAAGGACUGGUGGAAAAUAUGUCUCUAUCCACCUCCGCUUUGAGGAGGACAUGGUGGCCUUCUUAUGUUGUGUGUAUGAUGGAGGAGAGGCUGAAAAGCUCAAAAUGGAUUCAAUUAGAGAAAUAGGGUGGAGGAGAAAGUUCAAAAGAAAAGACCGUGUCAUUAUACCUGGUCUCAAUCGUAUUGAAGGAAAAUGCCCUCUAACUCCCUUGGAGGUUGGGAUGAUGCUGCGUGGUAUGGGAUUUGAUAACAACACGUCAAUUUAUUUAGCAUCGGGGAAAAUUUACAAAGCAGAAAGAUAUUUAACUCCUUUGUUGCAGAUGUUCCCCCUUCUUUACACCAAGGACUCUCUUGCAACCCCAGAUGAGCUUGCUUCUUUUGAGGGCUAUUUUUCGAGGUUGGCAGCUUUGGAUUACACUGUAUGCUUGUUUAGUGAGGUUUUUGUGACAACUCAGGGUGGAAACUUCCCACAUUUUCUGAUGGGUCAACGGAGAUUCCUUUUUGAUGGGCAUGCAAAGACUAUUAAGCCUGAUAAACGCAAGCUUGUUGUUCUCCUGCAGGAUAUGGAAAUCAGUUGGAAGGCCUUCAAGGAUCAGAUGGAAGCAAUGCUUACAGAAAGUGAUCGCCAGGGAGUGGUGGUACCCAGAGUCAGAAAAAUUAAUAGAAAAACUUCCGUUUAUGCAUAUCCUUUACCAGAAUGUUGGUGUCUCCUAUCACACAAGUCAUCACUUAAAUUAACACGUGGUACAAGCAUGCCUGAUACUUUGCCAGAGUCCACUAGAUAACCAACAGAUUCCUUGCCCUGUUAGUUACAUCAAUCAUGCAGCUAUAACAUGCGCAGCUUGGAUUAUUCUCUUCAAUUAUAUUGUUCUUUCUGUGGCCCAUUGAUCAAAUCUUGCUUGGAAAAGCGUAUGGCGGCUAGAUGUCAUUUAGAGAUUCAGGAAUUCCGGUUUUGAUAAUUUAAGGAAUUCUUCAUCUUCUUUGUUUUGGUUGCAAAAGCUGCAAAAAUCAUUCACACUCUUCAAAAACAUUGGUCAAUUUUCUUUGUAUCUAGAGUUUCUUUUUUCUUUGUUUUUUUUUGGGUUGAUUUGGCUCCAAUUAGGACUCAAUUUAAUAUCUUAUUGUCUUGGAGACGAAUCUAAUGACACUGAGCUUGGCUCGGUGGUUUUGUAUCUAGUUUUUCAAGUGUUAAUUGGCUGCAAAUAGGCAAUUGUUGUU